UCUUGUAUUUGUACGUUUGAAACAUUAAUGUUAUAUUUAGAGGUUACGAGAAGACAAUGUUGUGUUUUGAAUAUUUGCAGGUCGCCGGGAAAGAAGACUUUAUGAAGAAAUGUCUGAUAGCAAACGAGAGAAGCUAGCCGGUUUGUCACUUGAUGACAUAUUAGCCAAUCAAAAAAGACCCGGGACCGGUUUAACUCCAACUCCGCCAACCCAACCUUCCCCUCAAAGCCGAACCCUCUUUGACAUCAUCAGAGAAGACCAAACCAACAAAAAAGAUAAAAGAUCUUGGAAAGCCUUUAAAGACAAGCUACGGCUGAAGCGCGCAGGCUCCGCUUGGACAUCAUCAAUUCACAUUCCAACAUCAGACAUUCCCAUCCAAAAUCCAAACAGCAGAACCUUUUCCCAACUCGGUCGUCACGACUCAGUCCGAAUUCAAUCUCACCACGACUCGGACAUGACAACAACUCAUCAAGUGGACGACCUCGUUCCGCCAGAUGAACCCAACGCUCCAUUUUCCAAACCACAAUUCAGUCGCAAGAGUUCAACUCGUUUCACGCCAGACUCCCCUGAGAAUCCCAUCAGCGGGGGAGGACUCCGACCACAACUUUCACGUAAGAAUUCCGUCAACAUGCCAUCGUCGGAGCCCUUUCGAAAAGGCCGUGUGGUGACUUUUCGAGACAGCUUCGAUGAUGACGAUGACGAUGAAAAUGAAACCAAGAAGCCGGGGAGGGCAUUAUCAGCUAGAGAGGCUGUGGCGGCUCAGGAAGCGGCAGAAGCUGCUUCGGAGGAACAAGAGGAGGGUGAGACAGGACAGCCUAUGAUGUCGUUGAUGGAUUUGUUAGAGGAGACUGAUAGAGAAAUGGGGUUGGAAGGGUCAAGGUAUGUAUUAAGUGACGAUGAAGAUUUUUAUGAUGAUGAUGAUGAAGAAGAUGAAGAUGAUGACAAUGAAGGAAGUGCUUUGGAACAAAGUUGUUGUAUUUGCAUGGUGAAGCAUAAGGGUUCUGCUAUGGCAGCUUGUGGCCAUAGUUUCUGUAGGAUGUGUUCAAGGGAGCUUAUGGUUGCCAAGGGAAAUUGUCCACUUUGUAAUAAUUUCCUUACAGAGAUUCUUGAUAUUUUUUAAUUUUGGUAUGGUCAUUAUUUUUUGGUUUAAGUAGGAACUUGUAAGAGCGUGAAUGUUGAUCUCACUCUUUUUAUUUUUUUAUUUUUUUUGCUUGUUAUGAUGUCUAGAAACUUUGGGUUCAUUCAAUAGGUGUCAACUGAUUUUCCCUCAUCUUGCAUGAGAUGUUUCUUUCUUAAUCUGAAUUUAUUCUAAUUAAAGUAUACUAUAGAUGUUAACAUUAUAUCCUUCACGAUGCUCAUGAAAAGAAAUGCAGUUGAGUUGUGCACUCUACAUAGGAGGUUAAGUUCCAUUUUACAGAUAUCACAUGAUCAUGUCCAAAAGGGGUUUUUGGCAAGCUAUCACGGGUAUCCGGGGAAUUCUUUCAUGAUUGAAAGCCAACUACUAUACUUUUAUUCUUUGAUAUUAUUUGUACUUCAAUAAGGUAGUGUCACUCAAAGCACUUCAUCCAUCAUGCCGGGGACUAUGU